AUGGUUUAUCCAGAUGAAGGCUAUGGCCCUACCUGGGACAGCGACGACGAGUACGACAACUUCAUACGCAAGAUGAACCCGCCAAGUAUCAUCAUCGACAACGAUUCGUUGGCGGACGCGACGAUUGUCAAGGUUGGCAGUGCAAACGAGUAUGGGAUUCUGCUGGAAGUGAUCCAAGUCCUCAUGGAUCUCAAUCUUGUGAUAAGCAAGGCAUACAUAACCUCAGAUGGGGGGUGGUUCAUGGAUGUUUUCAAUGUGACUGAUAAGGAAGGGCUGAAAUUGAAAGACAAGGCUGCUAUUGCGGAGAUUGAGGGCUACAUCCGGAAGUCCUUGGGCGCAGAUUCAAGAUACAUGCCUGCUAAACGGAGAUCGGUGGGUGUCGCCGCUUCAACCGACCACAAUGUCAUUGAGCUGACAGGGAGCGAUCGUCCAGGCCUGCUCUCUGAAGUCAGCGCGGUGCUUGCGAGCCUCAAAUGCAAUGUGGUCAGUGCUGAAAUUUGGACCCAUAACACCAGAGUUGCAGCCGUGAUGCGAGUCACUGAUGAGGACACCAUGCUAGCCGUCACCGAUACCGUGAGGCUUGAAAUGAUCAAGGAGCGACUAUCCUACCUUCUCCGAGGAAACAAUCUCUCGCGAGGAGCUGCCAUGGCAGAAGCAUCGGGGACUUCUGCCACACAUACCGACAGAAGGCUGCACCAGAUGAUGCUUAGUGACGGGGACUGUGAAGAGUUUCAUGGGCAUGUCCCAGCUCAACCUCAGAGGCCUAAGGUCACUGUUCGGAAUUGGAAAGACAAGGACUACUCGGUGGUGACCAUCAGGUGCAAGGACAGGCCGAAGCUUCUGUUCGAUACUGUUUGCACCUUGACAGACCUGCGCUAUGUUGUCUACCAUGCAAACAUUGACGCCAACAAUAAUCAGGCGUACCAGGAAUUCUAUGUAAGACAUGUGAAUGGAUCUCCAAUGAACACUGAAGCUGAAAGAUUGAGAGUCAUCCAGUGCCUUGAAAGUGCAAUUGAGCGCAGGGUAUCUGAGGGUGUGAAACUUGAGCUGUGUUCAAAUGACAAGGUCGGCCUCCUAUCUGAGGUCACGCGCAUCUUCCGGGAGAACAGCCUGACUGUCACAAGAGCAGAGGUGAGCACCAAGGGCAGGACAGCCGUCAACACAUUCUACGUCCGCAGUUCUGCGGGGGAGGUAGUUGACCAGAAGACCAUUGAUUCCAUCAGGGAAGCCAUAGGACAUAACAUUCAGGUGAAAGGCCACCCUGAGGCACCAGCACCUCAGAAGAAAGAGUCCCCGACAUGGUUCCUCUUCGCAAACUUAUUCCGGCCAAGGUCUCUCUCUAGUCUUGGCUUGUUUGUGCGUUAA